AAGAAAACAAAAACAUUUUUCCCCUCGACGACGUCUUGCGUGGUUCGCGAGUGUUUUCAAUCACGUCCCGUUUUCCAGCCUUGAUUUUCACCUUUUCCGAAUCGAAUUUACUAGAUUUUUGGUGUAAGUUGUAAUGGAGAGUGCAGCACAACCGGAUCCGGCGCAGUCGGAAGAGCAGCCAGCGGAGGAAGAGUCACGCGAGCAGGAACGGAAGGAGCUGGAGGGUUUCGUCGCCGAGCAGGCGGCCAAGUUCGAGCAGAAAGCGGCCCUGCGGUCGCAGAAUGUGGCCCCGGAACGGCCACCGGAGUCGUUCUUUACCCGGUGUGACUCGAGCUUGAAGAAGAACACGGCGUUCGUGAAGAAGUUGAAGCAAUUUACUGCGUCUCAGCUGGAGGGAUUGCUAAAGGACAUGGCCGGGUUGAAUUUGACCAAGUACAUCUCGGAGGUCAGCGCGGCGAUCGUGGAGGCCAAGCUGAAGAUGAGCGAUGUGGGUCCGGCGUUGACGCUGUGCAGCAAGUUGCACCAGACGUACGGGGAUUUCAGCGGAAGUUUGUUCGAGAAUUGGCAAAAAGUGCUGCACGUGAAGGCCGGGGAGAAAAUCGGGAAUCCGAGCAAGAUGCGAGUGGACUUGCGGUUCUACGGGGAGUUGAUCAGCGUGGGGAUCUUUACGAACAAAGUGGGGCUGCCGCUGCUGGGGCUUUGCUUGACGGCGUUGAUUUCCCAGGACAAGGAGGAGCACAGCAACCUGUCGAUUAUUUUGUCUUUUUGUCGUCACUGUGGCGAUGAAUACGCCGGGCUUGUUCCGAAAAAGAUGUUGGAGCUGGCCAAAAAGCACUCGGUGACGGUUCCCAGCUCAAACUUGCUGCCCAGUGAUAAGCAGCAGAAUUUGCGGAACUUGCUAAAAGAUUACUACCAAACGCUGUUUGAACACCUCAAGAACGAACACAAACAGUUGCAGUAUGCGGAAAAGUCCCGCCGGAGGAUGCUGGAAUCGAAGGGAGAGGUGUCCAACGACAAGAAGGAGCAAAUCGAAAUGCUGCAAAACAAUUACGAAAAGCUGCUCUCCUCGACGCAAACGAUGGCCGAUUUGCUGAACGAGAGCCUUCCGGAACUCACGGUCGAGGUGGAAGUCUGUCCAACCGAAGGCACCGUAAUCGACAACAUCGGCGACGAGCAGUUUGCCAACCUGGAUCCGUGGGGCGACGAAGACACGCGCAAUUUUUACGUUAACUUGCCCGAUUUGCGUCAAUUUCUACCCAACUAUUGUGGCAAAAAAGAAGAAAUACUUCCGGACGAACCGGCAAUUACGGAGGAAGUGCUGGACAUGGAGGAAGUCGAACCGGACACCGAAGCCGAAGUCGAACUUCCGCCGGAACUGGCCGAAGCCGCAGCUGUCGACGUGGACGCCGAGGAACCGACGACGGCGCCGAGCACGCCGCAUCACCACGCAAACCGCGAGUACUUUGAGGCGUUCAUUGCCAACAUGCAAAAUUGCGUCAACACCGAGCUGAUCGAUUCGGCCGCGAUCGACUUUUUGCUGAACUUGAACACGAAAAACAACCGCAAACGGAUCGUGAAGACGCUGUUUGGCGUGCAGCGGACGCGGUUGGAUCUGCUGCCGAUGUACGCGCGUUUUGUGGCGAUCGUGAAUUUGGUAUCGCCGGAUGUGGCCGUCGAUUUGAGCCAGAUGUUGAAGGUGGACUUCAAGUAUCAGAUCAAGAAAAAGGACCAGAUCAACAUUGAGACCAAGAUCAAGGUGGUGCGGUACAUCGGAGAGUUGGUCAAGUUUGGGAUCUACAACAAGAUUGAGGCGCUGUUUUGUUUGAAGUGUUUACUGCACAAUUUUCAGCACCAUCACAUCGAAAUGACGUGCGCGUUUCUGGAGGUUUGCGGCGUUUACUUGUACAAUUGCAGAGAUACCCGCCUCCGCACGAACGUCUACCUCGAGCAGAUGAUGCGUCUCAAGACCAACACCACGAUGGACAGCCGACAUGCCCAGCAGGUCGACACGGCCUAUUAUCUGGUGAAGCAGCCCGAGGGAAUGCGAAUCCAGCGCAAGAUUCGUCCCUUGAUACACACCUACAUCCGGCACUUGGUGUUUGAGGAGCUUAACAAAGCCAACGUGGACAAGAUGAUAAAGCUGCUGCGGCGGUUGAACUGGGAGGACCGCGAUACGCACGACUACGCAGUCAAGUGCCUGGCCAAGGCGUACAGCAUCCGGUACCACUUGAUCCGAAGUUUGGCCGAUUUAGUUUCCGGGUUGAGCUCGUACCAGGAGAAGGCGGUGGUCAAGGUGAUCGACGCCGUGUUUGAGGAUAUCCGGGCGGGGCUGGAGAUUCACGACACAAAGUUGGCCCAGCGACGGAUCGCGAUGGCCAAGUAUUUGGGCGAGUUGUACAACUACCGGCUGGUAGAGUCGGGGAACGUGCUGAACACGCUGUACUCGAUCAUAUCGUUGGGCGUAAGCUUCAGCCACGAAGUUCCGUCGGAGGUGGAUCCUCCGGGCAGUCUGUUCCGGCUGAAGCUGGUGUGCGUACUUUUGGACACCUGCGGGCAGUACUUUACCAGCGCUUCCAGCAGAAAAAGGUUGGACUAUUUCUUGAUCUUCUUCCAGAACUAUUACUGGUUCAAAAAGUCGGAUCCGAUCUUUACCAGCGAUACCGAAAAAGAUCUCUUCCCAAUACUGAUCGAUCACAUGUACAAGGAGUGCUUCAAGAACUUACGACCCAAACUAAAGCUCUACACCAGCUACGACGUGGCGAAAGAAGCCGUCGAAGCCAUCCGCAAGAAACUGUACCCGGAUUUGUUCAACGCGAAGGAUGACGACACGGGCACAACGGGCGGGCUGAAGCCAAUCCAGGAGACGGACACCGACAAGGACGACACGGUGACGGAAGAUUGCACGUCCGAGGCGUUCGGUGACUCGGAAGACGACGACGAAGAUGACGGCAAGCCUCGGACCGCGCGUGACGAGGAUGAUGAAGAGCUCGGCGAUGAUGACGACGAUGAGGAUGAUGACUUGAACGCGGAUCUGGAAGCGUUGGCAAAGCCGGCAGCGCCGGAGAAGACCUUCGAGGACAUGGAGUUUGAGAAGGAAUUUGAGCGAAUGGCGACGGAAAGUUUCCUGGAGCGGCUGAAGGAACCGGCCAAGGUUAACACCAAGGACAUUCCCGUGCCGAUCACGAUGAGGAGCAGUGGAACGAAGAAAACCUACGAGCAGUUGCAGGACAAGGACAAGGACAAGUCCGACUCGGUGCCGUUCGUGCUGAUGGUGCGCGGCAAGGGCAAACAGCAGCAGUACAAGACGUUCGAGGCGCCCAGCGACAGCCAGCUGGCGAUCUAUCUCAAAGAUCAGGAGCAGAAGAUCAAGGAGGAGAACGACAGCGUCAAGCGGCUCACGCUCAACAUUACCGAGCGCCUCGAGGAGGAAGACUACCAGGAAUCGCUGCUGCAGAGUCAGCGCUCGCCGGCGAGCAACAAGAUCCGGAUAGCGAAACCGCCCAAGUUUAAGCAUCCGAAAGGGGCGCCGGACGUGGAUGCAAUCUUUCAUUGAGCAUGGCGCUUGGAAGAUGAUUGUGAAUUGAAAGCGCGGGGUCGACUAAGUUUGUCUUAUUAUCUAAUAAUAACAUUGAAAUAACUGAA